AGUUGACGGUAUAUGAACGCUCAACAUCAAACGGACACAUGUAUGAAUGGAGGAGGUGGGCGAGGAUCGACAGGAGUUGGUGGAAACAGGAUAGUGCAGGCCUAGCCUAGCCUAUCUUUUUUGACAUAAUUCGUUUCAAACUAGUACGAUUAACAAAAAAGGUAACAAGGUGAGGUGAUCCAGAGCAAGAUAAACUAUACGAGUAUCGAUGGCGCAUCACGGCUACCCACGUCAACAUGAUCACGAUGGUGGCUUUGGCAGAAUGCACGAUGAAGAGGCUGAUUACGGACUUCCAUUCCAAAACAUGCGGACGAUGAUGGUUGGCGUCGCCAAUGAUAGCGAUCGUCAAAAAGAAUCAUCGUAUAUAAGAACAUCACCACGUAUCUACCAUCUGCCGUUUGGCUUAACUUUUCUGUUAGAUCCUGGAGGAUACUGUCCACUUGGGUUUAUUUUCUUCUCAUGGUUUUACAACUCAAUUUUAGUUCCAUAUAUUGUACUUCAUCCACAGUACAAUGAUGGGAACAUCAGUGUCUAUGCUGUAAUCGUAUAUUAUUUAUUUUCUUUGUUAACGGUCGUGUGUUUAUUCCGAGCAACUACAGCUGAUCCUGGGCGAGUUGAAUUUGAAGGAGGUCCUAUACCACCACAUGGUGCUAACGAUUGGUCUACUUGCAAAAAGUGCUUGAUUCAACGACCAAUCAAAUCUCAUCAUUGCAGUCGAUGUAUGCGUUGUAUCCGUAAGAUGGAUCAUCAUUGUCCAUGGAUAAAUAACUGUGUUGGUGAGGACAAUCAUUGGUUGUUUUUGUUGUUGGUUAUUUACGCCUCGUUGCUCAGUAUUUACACGUUCGUUCUACAAAUGUUAUAUUUCUACUAUUUACCAGCUUGUGUUUCCUGUGAUAAGAGUCUGUCUGUUCAUGGUCACAGUCGGUAUUUUAUGUACGGCGUCUUUGUGUUUGCUAUUCUACUCACCAUCAUCUGCAUGGGUCAAGUGUACACUCAAGUGAUAAAUAUAGCUACAAGCAGUACAACAGUUGAAUCGAUAAUUUAUGCAAAGAUACCGGCACAUAAAAGACCCUCUCUGGCAAAGCAGACUGCUUUUAAAAAUUUUAAAGAUGUCUUUGGUACUGGCUGGGUGAUAUGCUGGUUGAAUCCAUUCCGUCGAAGGCAAGCUAAACCUAUGAUUUUUUACCCUCACCAGACUGUGUGAUACUUUGUGAUAUAAAUAUUCAGUGUUUUUAAGAUUCCAGCAAGUAAACUGUGUUUUUUAUUUAUAUAUAUAAGUACUGGUUUUUUUAUUUCAAUCCAUUAGUUAAAGCCCCAUUCCCGGCAAAAUUUCAGUUUUUAAGAAAAAUCUGAUUUUAUAUAUAUGUUAUAAAGAUUUAUAAAUAUAAUACGGGAUUGCUAGUUCAACUAAAUUUACACAUUCAUAAACAUGAAAAAAAUGUAAAAUAAGACUGAAAUUUGAUAUUUUUUUUUUUUUGUUUUCCACACGGAAUAAUUAAUGUUUCUUUUUUUUAUUUACUUGUGGGAUGAAUUAAAAUCCAUGGCAUUGGUGGGCGAAAUAAAAAAAAAAAAUAAGAUAAGAAUGCGGCGGGUUCGGGAAACAAUUACCCAUUCCAGCAGAUGCGAUCUACAACCUCUGCAUUUGCCUGGUAACAAAGAAGUUGUCGAGAACAUGGUAAUCUCCUAUAAGAAACAGACGCUACUUUUUUUUUCCUUUUGGGUUUUCGUAAAACUAAAAUUUAUGCCAAUAUUUUUCCAUGGUUUAUAAUAAUUAGAGUAAUGCAUGCAUUUUUUCUCUAAAAAUUAUUUUUUUAGUAAAAUUUUGCCGGAAAUGGGGCUUUAAUAAAUUUGUAUUGUUUAUUAUAUUAGGCAAUACAACAACUUUUUGUUAUACAUAUUUAUUCAUUUGUUUAUUGUCAGUUGAAUGUCAAAAAAUGGAAGAAUAAGUUGUGUAUUGGUGCAGAAACCAUUUUCGUAAUUUUUAAGUGAAAUCUAAUAACUAACAUACCAUAAACAUGGACCUAUUAAUUAAUUGGUCGAUGCUGUAAACAAAGUAAAAAUAUUCAAAAUACUGAAUUAAAUUUUAAAGCUCACCAAUAAUAUAUUGUAAUAGUUUUAAAGUGAACAUUUUGGUUGUAGGCAUUAGCAAACAAAGGACCAUGUUCUAGUAAUUUAAUAGGAAAUAUACAAUUGUCUUUUUUCCAUUCUUGAUUUUCGGUAAUUAAGUAGCAUUAAAUGAGGUGGCAUGCUGUGAUGAUAUUAAUUAGGCAAUUAAGAUCAAUUCCAAAUGUAGGUCAAGUUCAUGUGGUCAGGUCGUUUGUAUUAUUCAAUAAGGUGAUUAAAUUUAAUGAAAGUCAAGAUGGAGGCAUGUAAAUAAGUUUCAUAAUAUUAUUGCGUUAGAUGUAUUCAUAGGAAUAAUUAGAACUAUGGCAUAGAAAUUGUUGAAUUAUUAUUGUAUAUAAUAUAUACAGUAAAGUAAUUUUUUACUUUUAUUCCUCUUUACUAACACAAAUGAAUCUUUAAACACCUUUUGCCUUGUCUACAAUAUGAGGACCUUGUGCCUUUCUAAUUUUAUAUAUAUAAUCAAUAUAGCAAAUUGGACAACAAAGCUUUCAUUAGUGUCAUAUUUAUGAACUAACAAAAACAUAAAAUGUAUCAAAUUAAUUAAAUUAAUUGUAAAAAAAUAUUAAAUAAAAUAAUAAAAUAAAACUUCUACAAAAAUCUGAAAUUACAGUAUUAGAUUACUCAAUAGAUGUAGUCCUUUCAGGUGCAGAGAACAAAAUUUUAUUUAAUAGAAAGAGUACUCGCUGUAGCUCAGAAAACUCAUUCUUUGAUUGACUAUGACGCUAAGUUGGUAAAUAUUGGAUCUGAGACUUAGUUGAUGGGGUGUUUUCAGUACUACUAGUAUUAGGUACUGAGGAGUGAAGUUAUUCAAAGCCUUGUAUGUCAUGAUGACAAAUUUGUACUAAAUCCGCAUAGACACAUGUAAGCCAAUUAAAUUUUCUAAGUGUAGGAGUGAUUGUGGUUUUGGUAAUGAGCUAGUCAGCAAACUUUUUUGCUUCGCUGGAGGUGAUGUUGAAUUAAAAGAAGGCCAUACAAAAGUGAAUUAAAGUGGUCAAGUUUAGCAGAGACUGAUUGUAUAUAGUCUGGUAUUAAUUAGACAAAACUCUUUACUCAACAAGAAAUAUAUAGAACUAGUUAUUGACUCAUUUGUUGUUAUGGAACUGAUUUUUGUGAUUGUUAUACUUCAAAUUCUGUCAUUCAUUCAACUCCUCGCAAAUUUCUUUGAUGUAUUUAGCAGUUGGAAAACUCAUGGACCAAAAUACUAAAUUAAAUCUUUAACGUAAAAUAACAUACUUGCGGGUCCUUUCGUCACCAGUUUGCAGUAGCCCCCUCACAGGAAUCGACAGCAGUGCGUGUGGUAUUACUAAUGGCCUGUCAUCGAGUGCAACCCCUCACCACCAACACAUCUUUGCAAUUAUAUACAAUGAAAAGGAAAUUAGAUGUGAUUGAAAUUAUUGAUGUACAAUUGGUAAAAGACCGGUUGACAUGUCAAUCAAGGGUUGCGCAACAACCCCGCAUUGAGAUCAUUAUGGUGUAACCUAAUUCUUUGAACUUUAGUUGAGUAACUAUAAGAAAAGUUCUUAGGGUGAAUGCAAAUUAGUGACCAAGUUUAGAGACUGAUCCAACCAGCUGAUCAGCUGUAGGACUAGCUAUGCGAGAUAGCAAAUUAUAAUAAAAUUAUAGCCAACUGUUAAGCACUGUGCCCACUAUCAAUUUUUAGGUGAUUUGCCCAUAUAUGGGUAUGAUGUGACAUCAUCAUAUCCAUAUAUGGGCAAAGGAUAGAUAUUUGUCAUAGAAACCUUUAAAAGCACUGUCAGGUUUUCCUGAUGAAGACCCAAUAAAUAGUUGAUGGCGUGUAUUUAAUAUCUUGGAGUAUGUAUUAUACUUUUGUAUUUGAAAACUACACUCUCUGGUUUUUACUGUAGGUUUUAAGAUAGCAAGAUCUUGCACAUGCCUGUUCAGUUUCAUCUGAGAUACAUUCUGUGAAAAUUUUUCAACAUGAGCAAUAUUAACACAUUCUCAGUAACAUUAAACCAAGUUGCCCUUUUUGGAUUGGACUUCUCUGCUCUAGAAAACAGCAUGGUUUAAUUCCUUGGUAGCAUAGGGUGUUUUUGGAUCUUAUACUCCUCUGCCUCAUCUAAUGCUUUUUGAACUAGCCUGUUCUAUGUUUGUGUCGGUGAAUAGUUCCGGAGUUUGUGUUGAUUUUCUUACCUGUUUUGUCAUGAGUCUCUGUACACUAUACCGUUUCAAAUUUGCGAGAUCAUGGACGUCAUAACUACUGUGUUUCAUUUGCACAUGUGAUGAAUUCAAUAAGUGUGCCACCACUCACCUUCCAUAUGUUUAAUCACAGGUCCUAUUUUUAGGUUUUGCGGUUUUAUGCUGUCUGUAGGAGCUUUGCCAAGGAAUUGAUCCAAUCGAGUACCUUUGUGCUGAAUGGAUAUUCUUAAUUUGGCACAUCUACUACUAAUAUUAAUACUUGGACCCUCGUAAGGAUUAUGCUUUGUUGAAGAAUUUAUUUUCAAGCGACAAUCUUGUGUCUUUGUGUGAUACAGUAUUAAAGGGGAAUUCUUGCAUCUUAUUAGAUGCAAAUGAUUUUAAAGGGACAGUCUUGUAUCUUCUUGUGACGAAGAUGAUAUAGGGACAGUCUUAUAUUUUCAUGUGACUGCAGGUUGCACGAAUCAUGCAAUGCAAUUACGCAUAUUGCAUCUUGAUGUGUUGUGAAAUUGCAAAGGAAUGCCCUGUGAAUGUUCGUAUUUUUAGCUACCGCCAGUCUACUACUUUGGUUUGUUAUGUAACUAGCAGUAGUCGGACUUAAUGAAUGAUUUCUGGCAGAAUAAUCGACCAAUCGCUCAUGGUAAACUUAGUUUUGUUGUAGACCUUUCCGGAGUGUCAACAACUGACCAAUUAGAAUGGUGCCAGGAAUACGCACGCGUAUAACAAACACAUGUUUUGUCCCACAAUCGCAUGUGAUUACAUGUAUUUACGCUAUAUUCUUGGGACCUUAGCAACGAUAUCCAAGAGGCGGGGCUUAAGGAAAACUCUAUUCUCUCAAUCCAAUCCCUGAACCUUUGUAGUCUUCCUCUAUCUCCCUGUAAAACAUUCCAACCCAGCAUACAAAACAAAAUUAAAACAGCUUAGGGUCAGUUCAUAAUUAUCAAAAUUUUCACAAGUGUACAAAAAAUGUACUCUUUUUCGAAAUGUUGUUUUUGCAAAACCAUUCUUCAUUUUUGUUGUGAAGUCAACUGAAAUAAUGUGCUUGGUUGCUUAAAAAUGAUUAUUAUGACCAAGGUUACAUUAUAAUUAUUUUACAUAUAGCAUGUUAUUUUGAGUCAACAUUUUUAUGCAUAUGUACAAGAGUGUACAAAUUUGUCUACCCCCUCCCCUUACCAUACUCUUUGUACACUUGUGAAUAUGUUGAUAAUGUGGAACGACCACUUAAGAAUAAUGGAAAUCUAAAUCUAAGUAUAGAAAUUUAUAUAGCACUUUUUGCCAAUGAUACAAAGCGCUUUGAUAUGCGAACUAGGAACUCGAUCAAUUGUGUAAGAUUUCGUUAUUUUUCAUCUAAUUAAAAGCAUUCAAUAUGCUGAAACACCGAACAUUCCAAUAUUUAUUUAUUUAUUUAUUUAUUUUACCAAUUGAUCUAUGAAUACCUCUUGCGAAAACUUAUCAAAACUCUCCCCUCCCCAAAAUGCUGAAACUAUGUGACCUGUUGAAUUCCUUUAUUUUUAAUAACAAUUGUUCUUUCUGUUUUUUUUGUGUCACCAAAUACCACUUCCUUAGUUUUUCCAGUAUGUAUAAUUUCUGGAAAAGGACAAUGUCACAUCCUGAUGUUUAAAGGGACAAUUAUUAAGAACAUUAGAUGAUUAAUUAUCUAAAACUAGAUGAUUUUUCUGUACAUGACUAGAAUAAUUAUAUUCUAAAUGUUGUCUUUCCAUGAUUCAUUUGUAGGCAUCAGUCCAAUGCCAUUUGAAUUACCAAAUGCUACCAAUACCCUCCUGAUAAAUUAAUAGUUUGUACUUGCUUCAAGCCUAGGAAGUUAGGGACUUCCCCUUUUCUUUUCAGAACCCUUAUGCUAAUGAGAUUUUACACUCCACCAGUCAACUGGCUGCAUUGUUCAAUUUUGAAAACAAAAUACCUUGCAUAAUGAAUCAUAAACAUCAGAAAAUACUGAAAAACAAAAAACAUAUUUAUUAAUGCACUAAUUAGGUUAAAUGAAACCAAGUGAAAUUAGGAGUUAAUAAUUUGUAGAAUAUGUACAUUUUUAUAAUUAAUAUAAUUUACAUAUUGAUAAUAAAAACUGGUGACAAAUUGACAACCAUGUCUGCAUGUAUGCUUAUCUAUGACCUUUACAAUAAAGUAUUCCAUGUCUACUGGUUUUGAGCAAGGAGAUUUAGUUUGUUCAAGUUGUGGCCAGUAAAAUCCUGUAACCCAUCAGUCAAUUUUGUUAACCUUUGACCAUCCCCCGAUUACUUGUUUCUGUAUAUAACCAGACUUAAUAAUGUUUUAUAAGCACUGGGAAGAUAUUUAAAUGGGUAGGCCUAGUUAUACUGUUCUGUAUGAACUUGACUGCAUAUGACAUAAAUUUUUAUUUUUUUAUUUAUUUUUUGUUUAUUAAAUUUAUAUUGGUGAAGGUAAUUGUGAAAGUUGUUUUGUUCAUAGUGAAAUGAAUGUUCAUUAACUGUACUUUAUUUUAUACCUGUAGCUUGUAUUGAAAUUUGAAGUUAGACAAAUAUAUUCUUACAUUUUAUAUACAUGGGAACUGUUAGAUUAAAAAAAAUUGUUUUAAUUAAAAAUGUUCAAAUGUAUUAUAAAUCAGGGAGCAGGUAAGUUACAAGUAAUUUAACUACUGUUCCCUAUUAUAAAUAUUUUAAAAAAAACAGGCCCCACUUACCUUUUCAAUCGUCAAUCGAAGUGUCCACACAUUGAGAAUAAAAAAUCAUAAAUAAUAAUGUAGAACAGGAAUGAUUACAAAAGUGCGGGAGAUAUUUAAUAACUAGUCUGCAUACAGUAAUGCAAAUUUGUUCAAAUUACACUAAAAUUGUUGGAUAAAUCUACUCAACAUUGUUCAACAAUAGCGAUAAAAUGAGUAAUUCACAGGUGUUAAUGAUUAUAGAUAUUCAGUUACAGUAGUGAUAAAUACUAUAGAUUAGUAUGGAAAUGAAGAAGAUGAGGUGAUACAUAAUUUUGAAAUUUGUAGUGGUAAAAAAUAGGCUAGGCCUAGACCUUUGAAAAACUGCAUAAAAUUCUUUUGUGCAGUCUCAAACUUGACUGCUGCAAAUAUACACUUAUACAGUUUCAAAACUGUGCAAAUCCAACUAUCUCUAACAUGUACACUAGUCUAGAAUGGCUGAUCAUCUUAUAAUAAGUAUCUUUAAAGCAAUACUGUAAGUGAUUGUGAGCAAGCAUCUGAAAGUGUCAAAGGCCUAGUUCAGACUAGGUGGAUAAAUCCGGCUCAACUCACCGGGUUUAUCCACGUGCCAGUCUGAACUAGGUGGCUUAUCUCAAGCCGGGCUGUGUUCCUAUAGUAACUAGGCCUGUCGUGGCACCGUGUUUAACUUUUCUAAGCUGGGUUUUAAUCGCUGCUCUGGUCUUCGAUUGACUUCGGGUAAAAGAAUGACCAAUCAGCAUUUAAUUACGUGUUUUGUGAACGAGCGUACGUUUUGAGCGCAAUGUUUCGAAACUCAUUUUCUGGUUAUGGUUCAUUCAAUUCAAAUGCUCAUGCCUGGCUAAUCUCGCUAGUCUGAACGCCCAGCAAAGUUAAGCCAGGCUUUACGUAAUCCUGGCUUAUCUCCAUGUGUGAACGUAGCCUAAGUACUGUACAUCUUAAUAUAAUUUUUUUUUUUCCAAUUAAGUUUUAUAUGUACUUUUUAAGAAUGUACUGCGAGUUUUUAUAUUGCAACAUGGAAAUCAGGGUUAUUUUCAUAGGCUGAUAUUAAUAUUAAUCUAAGCGGACCUUAGGAUGGGGGGAAAAUUAUAACUAAAUAUUAUGAUUAAUUAUUUGUUGUAGAUUCUGUACAAUGCCAAGAUUUAUAAUAUGACUAAAUAGUUUUUAAUGUUUUACUGUUAGAUGUCAUCUCUUUGAAAAUAAACUAACUCGUACUCACCUGACUUUAUACUAUAGACAUAUUGAUAUAUACAUAUGAUAUAAAUUACAUGUAUUCUUAUGUGGAAAAAAUUGUAUUUAGAAUAAAGUACUGCAUACUAUUGUUGUCUUUGUAUCUUAAUAAGUAUUUGAUACUUUAUUGUUUUUCCAAUAACCAUGAGCCUUCACAAUGGUGACCUAAUCAAAUUCAGAACGUUUAGGAAAGAUGAUUUAUGUGUUUGUAGUGCAUUAAAUUUUGUUGGAAAGAAUAAAAAUAAGGAUAUAAAUAUAAUGACCAUAUUGACAAUUUGAGCUGAUAAAUUAUUGUGGCUUAUUUCAUUGUUUAUUUACUUUUUUUAAGAUUUUAUAAAAUAUUGUAUAAUAUAAUAUAUAUAAUAUAUUGUAUAAUCAAAUGUUUUGCUACAGGUAACUAUUCAUUGUUUGCUAAUACCCAAGUGACCCGUGAUGAUCAGUGAUGGCUCCAGAAAUUUGCCAACAGGGGGUCUGACAUGUUUGACAGGGUGGGUCCGAACCAAGGGGUCAACUAGAACCUUGGUCAGGGUCCUGGAAUAAAAAUUCCAGGUGGUAGGAUUCACAGCGAGUUGUUUUUUCUCGCUUAGUAUGGCUCUAAUUGGCAUUUUUAGUCCACAAUAUUGGCAAUCAAAAUAACGUUAUUAGAUAUGCAAAUUAUUAUUUUUGGUCCGACGACCUCGUCGUGGUGUUGGGCAGUGUGGGUUCGUGCCUGUCCAAGGAGGGGGAAUUCCCCCACUGGUGCCACCACUGGCCAUGAUCUUGGAUUUGGCAACCUAGCAGCAUUCACUAAAGCUACUGCUGUAUUCUUCCUAUUCUAUUUAAUGGCAAGCCUACAUUUCAGUUAUCAUCAUGCAAGGAAGUCCUUCCCUGGAAAAAAAAAGCAAGCAGAAAUGUAAAUUCCUUAUCAGUUAUACAGUAUAUAUUACAUGUAUGGAUAGUAAACCCAGUCAAAAUGAUACUGAAACUCCAGAUUCAGACUUCCAAAAGUUUAUCUCAAAUAUCCAUCAUUUGUUUUUUGAACUAAAAUUUAGAUUGUUCUUAAAUUUAUUGCUACAUUUUUCUUCCAUGCAAAUAGACAGUGUUUAUAAUGUAUCUUUUGUCCUAGACUACCCAAUAUCAUAACAUAAUCCUAGCAUUAGUAACAUAUCAAGUCAUGCUUUAAACGCUAGCUGUCGAAAGUUGAUCCCUUGACAUGACCUUUGACAUGGGGUCUGGCAAAAUACUGCACGUUCAAAUAACUUUGGAUCUCCGUAUGUACAUUCUUGCUUAAUUUGCUAGCUUUCAAACAUUAAUCCAUUUGCAUGACCUUCGACAUGGGGGUCUGAUCACCUAGCAAAACAUUCCCAAAAAAUCACAACUUUAUUAAAACCGCUUAUGUAACUGCAUGAAGUUUGUUGCUUUUUUUUUUAAGUUUGAAUCAUAUUUUUAUGACGUCUAUUUCGCAGGAGAUGUUUGUGUUUCCGUCAAUCCAUUAAUCUUGCACGUAUCUAUCAUGACACAAAUGUUUAUUAUUCAUCAGAAACAAUAGAAAACAUCAUCAUUUCAAUUAUAUUAAAUUGCCCGAUUUCCUCAGGAAAGACAUUGUACGUUAUUGAAGACGACUUGUCUAUAAUCAGAGAAAAUUACUUGAUACUCUUAAACAAUGGAAAAUAUAAGUAUGACUCAUGCGUUUAGAGUUUAAUGUGCAACUCAGCAUUCCGCAUCAGCUGUGAUAUGAACGCGAGGUGUUGUCAUCGUUUUAUACGCUGUUCAUUUUGUGAAUGAUCUUUAUUUAGGAAAUAUGGACGAGUUGAGUGUCGGUCAUGUUAUAUAAAUUCAUUUAAAAUGUACUAGAAAUUUGAGAUAUCAACGAGAGUUUGAUUAUCAAACCUGACUUUUUAUAUACUGUUAUAAAGCUAAAAAAAUUAUAUUAUUGUAAUAGUAUUAAAAAUAUAAUAGAAUGUGAUUUCUUCAUUCAUCACCAAUUCAAUUAUAGAAGUUUUAGUGAAAUUGUGUUUAAUCAGAAAUUCACUCAUUUGCAGACAUUUAAAUUGAAUAAUUUUUGUAGUUAAAAGUCAGUAAAUAAAUGAAAGCUAUUUUAUUUUAUCAGUUUGACUCUGGAAGUUUCUAUUUCUAUUAUACAUUAGGAUUUAGUUAUACUUUUGAGGCUAUUUUUAUAUUUUUUCAAAGACAGUAUAUUUUAAUUUGAAGUAAUGAGUGUUCUAAUUAAUAUAUUUGGGGUAAUAAGAUAAUAUAUGUGCCAAAGACAGCCAAACCAGUCACUCGUCGCAGUUUGUAUUUAAGAGAUAAUGGCCGGAACAUGCUCUAAGGUCAGAAUUUGUUAAAUCUAUUUUAAUGCACUAAACUAACCUUUAUAUAUCUAUAUCUAUCAUGCUAUGCUUUUAUUUUCCUCAUUUUCAAUGUUAAAACGAACAUUUUUAAUGAUUUGGUGAUGGUCUCUGCCUGAGAAAUGCCUGAAAUCAAAAACUUUGAAGGCUAAUUUCUCAAAUAUUGUUAUUUAAACAAUUCUAUGUGUGAAUGCUUGUAACUUCAUAAGGAAAUGUCGGAUUUAAAUGACUCUUUUACAAUUUCAUAGCUCCCAUUUUACUGUUUAACCCUGUAUUAAUAACUAAAUAUCAAUUUUUGCAACUAGUGACUGGUUUGGCAUGUCUUUGCCACAUGUAUUAAUAGUAUCAAAUCAAGUAAUUGAACUGAUAUAUAAAAAUAUUAUCUUCAGAUGUCUCCCUCUGCAGGUUCUGUAAACUAUCAGACAAGAAUUGUAGCCUUUUGUAUACGUGUCUGAUAAGCAACAUGAAUUGGAUAGCAAUCAAAAUUAAACUUUGAUACGUGUACACGAUUAUGUACAUUUAACAGAUGCCUUAAAUUGAAAACGGUAAUGAAAUGAACAUUCUUAGUCGGAGUGUCAAGGAAUCUGCUCCCUAGAGGCUUGAGGGCUCCCUUGUCCCAGACAGAUAUAACCAAUAUCGUACUUUUAUUUUCAUUUAGAUCAGAUUUUUUAUAUCUGAGCAUGAUCAUUAUUUUAACUUUUCUGCUCAACAGAAGCAUCUCAGUUAGUAGGGAAGUUUUCAGGGAGGAAAAAUUAAGCGUAGUACAGAUGACGUAGUGCUACAACAAAUUUCUUCAUCCAACAAUCAGAUUGCUCAGAUGCUCAGUGUUGCUUAGAUAUUCACGGAUUUUGCUUUACUCCAUGUACAGUAUUGUGUAAUGAAGUAACUCAAUUCCUUCUCGCUAUGAAAUUUGAACUGACCCCUGGUGACCUGCGAUAACCACAAUUUAGCGCCACCCACAGUGGUAUUAAGUCAGUUAACCUGGAAUAAUUCCUGGCUGUUUUCUGAAGAGAAUACUUUGUUAUCUAACAUUGGUCUUGUGACCAAUGGCUUAAACAUUUCUUGUUUUAAGCAACUGCUAUACUCUAUAACAGCAGUGUAUCUACAGGGGAGCAUGGGAUUCACCCCCUUCCCCCUGCCAACAAAAUUUUUUAAAUAGGGAGCUUGCACUGUGUAGUCCACCAGUUUGGUAUGAUGGUAUGGUAGCUUGUUUUUAUAAAGGUAGAUAGUGGUAGAAGUGAUGAUGAAAAAGGUAGUGAGGCCAGGGGAUAAUGUAAGUGGGGUUGGGGUGGGCCCCUAUAAAAUAUUUCCUUAUUUAAAUUUUUUUUUUCGAAGCAAGAAAGUAUAUAAAAAUCCCUCAUAUUACAUCAUUUUGCAAGCUAAUUCCCCUCACUUAAUCAUAGAGCCCAGCCCCACCUCCCUUCCAUCCGUCAGACCCCCCAUUUCAACACUCUUAGACACGCCACUGACUCUUAGACACGCCAUUGAGUGAUACUGAGCAAAUGCAGGUGUGAGGGCAUAAUUCAUUUAAUUUUGAGUUCACAUGAACAUUCACUCAUGAUGGCCAUGAUGCUGAGACUGCAGCAUUGAAUGUAGGUAUGACUAGUGGUGUGCAAACCAAGUGCGACAGAAGUAAAUCUAAUAUGAACACUCACAAUUUGAUGACAUGUUGUACAACAAUUUGGGUCACGCUUGUCAGAUGGUUCAUCAUCACGGUGUCAGUCCUGUACUGGUAACACCACAUGUUUCUGAGUGGUUAACAAGAUAUUUGGAUUUCAUAAUCUCAAUGUGCAGUGGGCGGGGCUAAUUAUUACACUAAUUUUCUUUGGUGUGUAACACCCCACCCCCUCCCCCAAAAAUCUCAAUGUGUGUCCAAGUAUCACCAUGUAUUUUACUGUUUUACUAAUUUUACUGUUUACUGAUUUUAUUGUUUUUACUAUUGUCAUUUUAUGUGUCAAUGUAUCUAAAUUGUAUAUUUCAAAACUUAUAUUUGUUUUACAAUAAAUUUAUAUUGAAUUUAAUUUAAUGUAUUUAUGAAUUUUUGUGAGGAGAGGGUUUAAGCCUAUUGUGUAAUUGUGCGGUUUUGCUGAUCUGAUGUUCAUAAACAUUUUUUCUAUUUAAAUUUUAAGGGUUUGUGCAUCCAUCACAUGGUUUAUAGUUUUUGCAACAGGGAUUGGCUUAUAUAACACUACAUCUGUGUUGGUGUGACCAUUCAUUUAUUUUCUAUUUUAAUUUUAUGGAUGUGCCAAUCUUUUACCUUUUUUGUUUUUAGUUUUUCAGAAGCGGAAUGCUUGUAAUGCAGUUGUUGUGUGGAUAUAACCAUCUGAGUUUCAUUGCCUUUUUUAUGUAUAUUUUAUUCAUCUCUGUCAAUUGAAGGUCAACUUAAGUGUUUAUAAAAAUUAAUAAUGGGUAUGCUUACUAUCAUGUAAACAAUAUUGUGGAAUAUUAAAAGAAGUGUUGAUAUAAA